GUCACUCGCUCUCUCUCUUGCACCAUCAACGACGCUCUGACACGGGUUUGCACUUUUCUGAAGCUCCUGAUAGCCACUCAGUCCAGGCAGAGUGUGUAUAAAUGUCAGUUUGAGGGCUGGAGCUCACAGUUGGACUAUGUGGUGCCGGUUGUAGCAGCAUGUGGAAGGCAGCAGCUCUUGUUUUGUACCAUCUUUUGGCACUGGGGCAGCUGCUCUCAGCUCAGGAGGAUGUCACAGCCGCUGCCAUCACUCCUCAGAACUGCAGUCUGGACUGUAUACGACAGGGGGGACCUGGGUGUGAAUACUGCAGGAUAACCCGAGCUGACGUCAAGAGGGCUCUGGGCUUUAAGUUCAUUAAUGCAUUUGGAAGUUGUAUUCCCUGGCCGUGUUUCGAGCUGCUCGGAGAAGAAGACCCUCAAAUCUGCCAGCACUACGUCCAAGCACCAAAUGAUGUGAAGGUGGAGUUUGUACAUGAGCAAAACCCCCAAUCUGACACUGUCGUUGUUUCCUGGAAGCCCAGUUACUAUGGCAUCGCCUUCCUGCGGGGCUUUCAGGUGUCAUUACAGGCUUUGGGAGGGUCGAGUGUUGCCUGUCAGCUCUUUCUCUUCCACCGUAACCUCUCUCUCCCAGCGUCACACGCUCAAAGGGUGUACAAGUCAGACCCUUUCCCCGGCCUCUCCCUGGGGUCUCAGUAUGCUGUUACCGUCAUGGCUCUGCCAGUGCCUGAGGAGUGGGAGAAGUUCUACCACAGCAAGAUCUUCUCCACACGCUCAUGUGCACAGAAGAACAGUCUGGAGCAGUGCAAAAAAGACUGGUAUCCAGAACACAUCCAGGUGGAGCAGGAAGGGAGUGCCAUCACGGUCACUUUUAACCUGGCUCCUCCAAACCUGGGCAUCAGAAGCUACUUCUCUCUGUGUUACGCUAACGGCAAGAAGAAAUACACAGACAUAACCCCUAAUUCCUACAAGAACAAAACUCAUCACAGCUUUCAGCUGACCGACCUUCAAGAAGAAACCAACUACACCUGUGAGAUUGCAGCUGACGAGGUGGAUGCAGUGAGGAGAAAAUUCAAUGUCCAGGUGUUACGAAUAAGAAAAGGAGGAACCCCUCCACUCUCUGUCUCUCCCUCCAUGGCUCUGAUGCUUCCACUCGGCCUGGCUGUGGCAGCCAUUCUUGUAGUUUUACUGGCUGCUCUCACUAGAAGGAGGCCCCAACUGCACAUGAAGAGACUGAACAUAAAGCCAGAUCUCAUCACGCAGGAUCAAGAGAGUGGGACACAGGAGGAGAUGUUGGCAUUGCCCCAAGGUCGACAGACCCCUCCUCGUCUUCUGAUUUGCUACAGCAGCAAUGAUGGCCCCUCUCUUAUCAAAGCUGUCAUGCAGUUAGGGUCUUUUAUACAACAGCACAUGGCCACUCAGGUGUGUCUGGACCUGUGGGACUCUCUGAGCGUGGCCGGGGAGGGCAGUAUGGCCUGGUACUGUCGGCAGAUCCAGGAGAGCGACUUCAUCAUGGUGAUCUGUUCUCCGGGCCUCAACAUCAAACCCAAGCCUCCAGAGCCAGACAACAAUGAAGACGAAGAUGGAGAACUUUGUGACUUUGAGUCCAACACCUUCAGCUCCAACACAGCCGUGCAGCUUGUCGGAGAGGAGGUGGGCCGAGCCAAAGCCAGGGGUCGGGACCUUUCAAAAUACAUGUCAGUCAUUUUUGAGUACUCUGAGGAGACAGACGUCCCAACUGAGCUGAGGCUGGUGUCUCACUACACGCUGACAAAAGACCUACCGCUGCUCUUCUCCCACCUCCACAAAGUGGCUCUACACAGGCCGGGGGGGUACCUGAAGAUCAACAACAUCUCAGAGGAAGGCUUUACUAAGUUACCUGCUGGAGCAGCUCUGCAGAAGGCUAUCCUGGAGGUGGGGAUGGAAACAAGGGCAAAGAGGUGCCGCUAGAGGAAGGGAAAUAGAAAAAAAGACAUCCAUGGUUCCUGACUUUAUGGUGGUCCUUGACAAAAAAAAUUUUGGCCUGAAAAACAGACAUUCAUGAUCAACACAAACUGCUGCCAGGCAGGAAAAUGCAUAAGCUCACAGCUACAGGGGGACAAGUACACCUUCUAUCGCUGCUACAUCUAUAUUAUUCUUUUAAAUAUAUCUAAAGAUUUUAUAUUUUAUUUUUGAUGUCAAUUAAAAGCUACGAGGAACUGAAACAUGUAUUUCAGGAUUGUACAUAAACUAUAUAUUUCAUAUAUGACGUAAUGAAGUUAUUCUUUGAGAAUGUUUGCUGUGAAGUACAUUUUAAACAAUGUAUGCAUGCAUGUUUACAUUAUUGUUUAUUGUUUAUUCAUACAUGUGCAUUUCUGAUAUUCAUACGGAUGCAUUUAAAUGUCCUUUCCAUUAUAAACUGAUGUUGAUACAUUUUGUGCAUCUUUUAAAUUAGAUUUUUGUAAAAUUUUGGGAAAAACAAUUCAUGCAUCUUGUCAUCUAAUGAAAUAAGAUCUAAACAAGUUUCCUCUAGCCCAGCGGAUCCUGAAGUGGGGGUCGGGAGUCAUCAAGAGGGGGGUCAAGAGAUGCCUUCCAAAAAAAAAAACAGAAUAAAAAUGAUAAAUCAUUUAAAACUGUAUAUUUUUCCCAUUGAUGUAAAAAAUGAACAACACAAAAAGUAGUUCAAUUUCAAGUAACCAUAUCAUUAAGUCAAAAAAAAAUGAAAUUAAGGUGUAAAAAAAUCAUGACAGCAAGAAGGAAGGUGUCUGCUGCAUGUUACAAAUAAAGAUGAACACAACUGUGUG